AGCCUGCGGCAUCCAGCCUAGACCGCGGGAUUCAGCCCACCCCAGAGCACAGCUGCACCAAGCCCACCUGGUUCCCAUCCUAGACUUGGCAAUGACCUUGGCAGCUUCCUCCCAGCGUUCCCAAAUCAUCCGCUCCAAGUUUCGAUCUGGUGAGAGGCUUCUCUCCAUGGGUGGGAGAAGGGUGUCCCAGGUCUUGAGAAUAGUCUGGGAGCAUGUGUUUUCUGUGCAAAUGGUAAUUCUGCAUAAAGGAAGGCCCAGCUAGGGUGGUGCCUGUGGCUCAGUGGGUAGGGCACCGGCCCCAUAUACCUAGGGUGGAGGGUUUGAACCCGGCCUCAGCCAAACUGCAACAUAAAAUAGCUGGGCGUUGUGAUGGGCACCUGUAGUCUGAGUUACUCAGGAGGCUGAGGCGAGAGAAUUGCCUAAACCCAGGUUUGGAGGUUGCUGUGAGCUGUGAUGCCACAGCACUCUACCAAGGGUGAUAAAGUGACUCUGUCUCUUAAAAAAAAAAAAAAAAAAAGGAGGCCCAGCAAAGGAGUCAGACUGUGGACAACCAAUGAGUGGGCAAAUGGCUGGUACAAUGCUCAGCUCAGGGGAGCAACGGGGAGUGAGUGAGUGGGAGUGGGCUUGAGUAGGGUCAGGCACUAAAGGAACAAGGGCUUAAGCUGAACACAUAUGCAAAGCAGAGGAGUGGGCAGAAUGGCGACUGCAGAGGAUCAGUGAGGGAAUGCAGGUGAGGGGACAACAAGCUAUUCAGCCUUGGUUCAGUGUCUGUAGCUCCAGCCACACACACCAGGGCUGGCGGGUUCACACCUGGCCCACUAAACAAUAAUGACAACUGCAACAAAAAUAUAGCCAGGUGUUGUUGCAGGCGCCUGUAGUCCCAGCUACUUGGGAGGCUGAGGCAAGAGAAUUGCUUAAGCCCAAGAGUAUGAGGUGAGCUGUGACAUCACGGCACUCUACCAAGGGUGACAUUGUGAGACUCUGUCUUAAAAAAAAAAAGUCCUGUUUGAGGUCCCAGGGCAAGUGGAAAGUGUGUAAGUGAAUGGAAUUGGGGAUGAAUCCCCGGGUAAGCAAAGGGUACUUGAGUGUGCAAAUGAGUGUGCUUACAUGAUUGGAAUGAGUGGCUGCAAAGGUACAAGUAACCAAAGAGCAAGGAGUGUGCAAAAAGGUGCACAUGUGUAGAGAAGAGCAGAAAUGCGCAAAGGGAAAUCCUUGCUCCAAACUGGGGACCAAAUCCUGAAUGCAACAGGGUAGGGGGGUUAUUGAGGCAGAAUGAGCCAAAAGUAAAGAGAGUGUAAAAACAAAAGUGACAGGUCUGCAAAACUGGCAGGUGAGCUCAGAGAGAUGAGUACUUACUUAUCUCUCUUCAAGGGUGGGUGUGCAGAGAGUGGGACUGUGGGAAGACUCAGAAGUAGCACAGAAGGGAGCAGGCACCUGCAAAACGGGGUGGACAGAUGAAAGAAGGUGAGGUGCAAAUGGGCCAGGCUGCCAAGAUGGCAACUGUGCCAGAGGUGGGGUGGGCACACACUCAUGAAGGAGGCAUGUGGAGAGUGAGGGGCAGGGCUAACUCCUGCCUGCAUGCUGGCUGGCUCCUAGCCCCAGAAUGGCUCAGGCCUGCAGCACUCUGCUGGCAGGGAGCAGGCAGGAGGCCGGGGAAGGGAGCAGGCUGCCCGCCCACCAGCCUGCUUGGGGUGUGUAAGGGGGCUGGGCAUGAGUGUCCCGCCAACAACCACUGCUCCAGGCCAGGCUCCUGGACACUCCCUUCCCGCCUCCCUCCUCCUACCUCCCACUUCUCUCUAUAGUCCUCCAGCUUAGGAUCCACAGACGGAAUCAGGACUCGUCCCUGGAGUCCUGCUCCCCGAGCCAGAAUAUUUUCCUUGGAGGUCUCCAAAGGAGGAGUCUCUCACGAUCUCCCAAAGUUGGAGGGAGUCCAAGCCCAGGGAGAAUUUGGCAUACUACCAAUACAUGUCCCCACAGCCAAGACAAGGGUCCGGGGCAGACCACCAAGCUGAAGAGGGGUCAGCCCUGGAUCCUCCCAGGCGACUUCUGUGGGAAAGGACAAACUUACAGCAGCCACAUCCUAGGAUGAAGUCCACUCCCCUCACUCCCUCUCCACCAGGAGUCCCCAGCCCCCCUCCUCCUCCACACAAGUUGGAACUUCAGACCCUUAAACUGGAGGAGCUGACGGUCUCAGAGUUGAGGCAGCAGCUGCGCCUACGGGGCCUCCCGGUAUCUGGGACCAAGGCUAUCCUCUUGGAGCGCAUGCGCAGUGGCGCCCCGCCCCGCGAGCGCCAGAAACCACGGCGAGAGGACAGCCCUGCGGGUGGUUCCUGGCGGCGCCUCAGGCCUAAAACUCUGGGAGCUGCGCUGCGGCCGGGCUCGGUCAAGCCAAAUCCAGUAUCUCACAGACCACCUCUUCAAAGUGCCGCGGAUACCCCUGUGACGGCUCCAGCUCUGGCUCCAACCGUGGCUACAGCCCUGAUCCCUUCCUCAGCACCGACCUCAACGGCCCUGACUCUGGAGGAGGAGCUGCAGGAAGCAAUACGAAGGGCGCAGUUGCUUCCCAACCAGGGCAUCGAUGACAUCCUGGAAGAUCAGGUGGAGCCUGAUGACGCGCUGCCCCCCAUCCCCUUGGACUUCCCAGGCUCCUUUGACGUGCUGUCUCCCUCCCCAGACUCUGAAGGCCCCUGGUCUGUCUUCUCUUCCCUCCCAUCCCCUAUGAACUCCUCAUCCCCCUCUGCCAGAGGCCCCACGGAUUCCUUAGACUGGCUGGAGGCCCUGAGUGGGGGGCCUCCAAUGGGCUCUGGCCCCCCAGCCCCCAGCAUCUUCUCUGCUGACUUAUCUGACUCCAGUAGCACCCAGCUGUGGGACCUGCUGGAGAUUCCAUGGUGAUGGAUUCUAGGGUUUCCAGACACUACAAACUGGUGGGAAGAGAGACUGAGGGUGGUGAGUGGGGGUUGGAACAUCCAGAAGAGCCCCUCCCACAGACAGAGGAUCAGAGAAAAAUCCCAUCUCCACCUGGGAACUGUUACUGACAUGCCAACUGCCUGAACUUUGCCUACCUGACCUCUUGAUCCCUGUUUAUGUUUGUACAGUCAGGGCAAACAAGCUGCUUGCUGCUUCCUUCAGAGAUAUCUUGAAUGAUUUUAUCCCCCUCUUCCUCCACCCCUCCCCCAGUAAAUAACUGCCUGUUGUUUGGGGAAUCUGGAAAGUGGUUAUGCUAUUUAUUUAUUUAUUUAUUUUUGAGACAGAGUCUCAGUCUGUCACCCUAGGUAGAAUGUAGGGGCAUCAUAGCUCACAGCAACCUCAAACUCUUGAGCGAUGCUCUUGCCUCAGCCUCUACAGUAGCUGGGACUACAGGCAUGUGCUACCAUGCCUGGCUAGUUUUUUCUAUUUUUAGUAGAGACAGGAUCUCACUCUUAGGCUGGCCUUGAACUUGUGAGCUCAAGCAAUCCACUUGCCUUGGCCCCACAGAGUUCUAGAAUUAUAAGUGUGAGCCACCAGCCCACCCAUAACUACAACUUUAAUUAGGCAAGAAAUGAAUUUCAGGCUGUAACCCUUUAUUAAAAACAAAAAACAGGUUCAGCGCCUGUGGCUCAAGCGGCUAAGGCGCCAGCCACAUACACCUGAGCUGGUAGGUUCAAAUCCAGCCUGGGCCCACCAAACAAUGACGGCUGCAAAUAAAAAAUAGCAGGGCGUUGUGGCGAGCACCUGUAGUCCCAGCUACGUGGGAGGCGGAGGCAGGAGAAUCACUUGAGCCCAGGAGUUGGAGGUUGCUGUGAGCUGUGAUACCAUAGCACUCUACCCAGGGCAACAGCUUGAGGAUCUGUCUCAAAAACAAACAAAAAAACACUUUCCUCUCCACUAUGGGAGGCCUAGGUGGGUGGAUUGCUGGAGUUCAGGAGUUGGAGACCAGGCUAAGCAAAAGUGAGACCUGUCUCUACUAAAAAUAGAAAAACAGGGUGUGGUGGCUUGAGCCUGUAAUUCCAAGCUAGAGUACCAUGGCAUCACAGCUCACAGCAACCUCUUAACUGUUGGGCUUAAGCGAUUCUCUUGCCUCAGCCUCCCAUGUAGCUGGGAUUACAGGCCCCUACCACAAUGCCCUGCUAUUUUUUUGUUGCAGUUGUCAUUGUUGUUUGGCAGGCCUGGGCCAGGUUCGAACCCGCCAGCCUUGGUGUAUGUGGCCGGUGCCCUACCCACUGAACUAUGGGCACCACCCAAAGACAUUUCUGUGUUGACACCCUCAUACCCAUUUGUCCCCAUCUCUACCCACCUCAUGCCACUCUGUCCCCAUUUCCUUCUGCUUGGAGGCCCAAAGAGAGUCGGAGCCAGAGGGUGUGUGUGUGACCCAUUCAGGCUGGUUAGGGUGAACUUGCAGGAACCUGGAGCCAGAAGGAAGGUUUGCAUCCAGUAAUGCCCAUGGUCACCCAAAUGUUUUGAGGAUAAAGGGUUAGAUGGUGUGGAAAGGAGGCAAUGGAAAGCCAAUCAGAGAGAGGAGGGAGGGAUAUGGAUAGAAUAAAUGGAAGCAAAGGCAGACAGAAAUGGGGACAGAGUGGCCUGAGGUGGGUAGAGAUGGGGACAGAUGGGUAUGGGGUAAUUGACACAGAAAAGUCUCCAAUGGGAAAUAGAGACAGACAGGAAACACUGCCACACCUUUCCUGAUCCUUCCAGGGCCAUUUAUCACCUCUCCACGUUUUCAGCCUGACUUAAAAGGUCCUGCAAGACCCAGUCUCCACCCACCUGUUGCAGUAAAUGGGACCUCACAAGGCUCCCAGGUGGCCAACACCCCGCUCACUUUCAAAUGUUUGCAAGUUCUCUUCCCUCUGCAAGGACACUGCCUUCCAGGGGAUCCCUCACAUGCUGAGGCAGGUGGAUUGCUUGAGCUCACGAGUUUGAGUCCAGCCUGAGCAAGAUCCAGACCCCCAUCUCUAAAAAUAGCCAGACAUUGUGGCAGGUACCUUAGUCCCAGCUACUUGGGAGGCUGAGGCAAGAGGAUUGCUUGAGGCCAAGAGUUUGAGAUUGCUGUGAACUAUGAU